UAUAAAUCCAUGAGCUACUGUUUUCGCGCGUCCCUCCCGAAUAAUAGGGCAACCUUGUGCAAUGGCGAUCCGAUGGAGGCCCCCUGUCGCCGCGGCCAUCGCGGUGGCGCCCUCCGUGGUCGUGGAGAUCUUCUUUGAGUAGCGAUUCGCAGGUUAUCGUAGCAGUUGGUUGGUUGUUUCGUAGGUGUGAUGAGGACCAGACGGGUUGAUCUACUUUGGCAUAAGAUAUAUUUUAGAUUAAUUUGUGAAUCGGUGGGUCAAGUUGGGAUUGGAAGGAUUGGAAAAGGCAAAUGGAAUGGCAACAUUGAAGAUAAAGGUUGCAGGCAUCAGAACUUUGGAAGAAUAUAUGUUCUGUUCCAUCUAGCAUGGUUACCAGAGUUCAGCAACAAGAAUAAGACAUUAGUUUUGCAAUUCUCAGAUGCAUGUGAACAAAAACUUGACUGCGUAGGGUGGCUGUGCGAAGCUGCUCAGCGGCAAAGUUGAUCAACAAAAAAUUGGCAGGGAGACUUCCUAGAGGUUUUACUGAACUAUCUUUUAAUGCCUUGUCAUUUCCAUUAUCUACAGCAUUCAUACUUCAUAUUUUGAUUCUUUAGAUCUAUCUCUAAUAUAUUCAUUGUUGAUGACCUAACUUAUUUAUUGGGAUAAAUUUGAUAAUUGCAAUAUCGUAUUCAGCAGAUAUAUGUGGUUAUAGUACCAAAAAGGAUCAUGCUAUCCUUGCACGUGAUAGGAACCAUUCAAUUAAGAAGGAAGUUCCAUGUGAGACUAAUCAUCUAACUCAUGUACAAUUCCAUCAUUCCCUCUGAUGCUACCUAUAGUUAUUCAUUGAUAACAAAGAGGUCAGGGAGUUUGUGCGUUGACUGGGAUAUUCUUCCUCCAAAAUAAAGUCAAGAAUCCUACUGCCAAGAGGGUAACUCUCACAAUGUGGAUCUUGCAGUACAAACAUGUUUUCUGUCUUACCUACUUAUUUUUAAAUUUUAUCAAUUUGAUAUAAUUAUUUCAUCUAUUCUCUCCUUUUACAAAGAUCUCACUGAGACUACAUGAGAUGUCAAGAAUUAGUCCAUUAGAAGGCCUCAAUUAUUUUUAUCCAAACCAAUACCACUCGAAAACAACUUAGGUUAUAGCCAUUUAACUGGCCUCUCCAACCAUAUGCCUUGCAUAAAAUUGCUUGUGAGGGCCACUUUGCUGUCAACUUCAUCAUUUGGCUUUUUUGAUUAAUUUAGUCAAUUUCAGCAGAUAACGGUGUGAUAACUUACUCAAGUUUGCAGCGGUAGGAACCUUAAGUAGAUACUUAGUUGAAUGAUUUUGUGCAUAGUUAUCAGCAUGCACAUAUUUUUUCACAUUGAAGUCAUUGACAUAAUUGAUUGUCCUAAUUACAUCACCAAAAAGGUGCGAUUUUAAGAUUUUACAUACAUUGAUCUCUUUUAUUAGGCCAAGCUUCACUGUUAUGUUUACCUCUGUUGUGGAUUUGUGGGUCUAUUUGAUCUUGUUAUCCCUGUGGAUUUUCCUUGAUAACUUGGAGACCACACAUACAAAUGUUUGUCUGAGCGUGUGUUUAUACACAUGUAUUAGUUAAGUUGGGUGAUCUUAUCCUUGUAGGUUUGAAAUAUUGUUUUGCUCUGUAGCACUCAACCCUCGGCUUUGAGGUUUUCUAAAUGAAACAUGUACAUUUUGAACUUUAUUCACUAAGCUUAUCUUAUUUUUAACCGCUGUCCAAGGAUGACGACACAGAUUCAGGUGUAAGAUCCCAAAUGGUAGUUCUUUAUUCGUUGUUCCCUUUGACAUUUCACUCAUAUCGGGUUCUACAAUUCUUGUGCGACAAUAUGGAAACCAGGAAGAUGCAGAAUCUGACACUGGUGCAGAUUCUGAUGCUGAAACACACAGCGAAAAGGAAGGGAUUUGGGAGUAGACGACUAAAGGAAGACACCUGUAUUAUUUUUCUCUCCCUCUGUGAUUCUUCGUAUUAUUUUGCAGAUUCUGAUUACUCCACAAUGCACAUCCAUUUGUACUGGCAUCUCUUCUGUUCUUUUAAUGGUAUCAGGUUGAGCUUUAGGCAGCCAGAUGAGACCUGCCAUGACUUAAGUUUUUUUUUAAGGGACUUAAAAAGCUCAAGCACCAACAGCUGCGCCCAGCUGUCUCUUCGUCCGAAAGAUCUGGGCUCUGGGCUGCACACCGCCAAACCAAAGAGACUCGACAGAUCCUAACUGCUAUCAUUAGUCGCUCACCUCUGCUGCACGAGCCACUCCGCCUCCCUCGGGCGGGCCCCGCUAGCACGUGCUGGGAAUAAAGCAAUUAUUAGUAUUAUUAUUUUUUAAUAUCGAAAAAAAUAAAGUUUAUAGGAUGGGAUGUGGGAAAUAAACAAUACAGUGGAGGUGGGAAGAGAGAAAGAAUGGUUGCCAUCGGAGCCAAACCGAACGACCGCUGAGGAUACCGAGGGUUAGACGAAGAAGGAAGAGAGAGGAGCGAGAGAGACGACUGACGUGCAAGGAAAGCGUGAGCGACAACGAGAGAAAGGCUGUCGAAGACGGAGCUUAUCUAGCUUCCGAAUCCGGAUUCUUAGGGUUUCGUUCUUCUCCGGCUGCCGAGUCGCGAAGGAGACAUCACAUGCUUAUGCUCAUCUUAUAUGUGAUUGGAUGUCUCAAGUAGCAGCAUGAUGCAAGGAGUGGAUUAUUCAGAUUUUUAGCUGCCAGUUUUAUCUUGUGAGCCAGAAUGACACUUGAAGAUUUUUUUACUCUUACUGAGAUGAGAGAUGGGCUUUCGAAUAUUGCUAGGGUUGAAGAGCUACUUUCCAUGAUUCAAAAGUUGAAUGACUGUGGUACAACUAACUUGGGUGAUCCGGUGACACAAUGGUGUACAGUUGCAAGUGUUUUAACAGUUACUGACCAUAAAGAAUGUCUUAAUCAGUUUCUCGAGUUAAAUGGACUUUCUUAUCUUAAUAAAUGGCUCCAAGAAGCACUAAACCUCAAUGCAGAUGUCAAUGUCAUCGAUGCUGAAGAAUUAAUUUGUUCAUUACUGACCUCAUUUGAGAGGCUUCCCAUAGACUAUAAAAGGAUAAUUGCCUCUGGAGUGGGAGUUACUAUUGAGCUUCUCCUUGAUCACAAAAGCAUUCCAAUUAAGGAGAAGGCCAGAAUUUUGUAUGAUAAAUGGAAUCAUGCAAGGAAUGAUGAUAUAAGUUGUCAUGACCAUGAUAAAUGUGGAACCAGUCAAAGUAAUCAACCCAGAUCUUCUGAGGAUGUGCACAAAAGUGAAAAUUGUUUGAACUUAGUAAAUCCAGUUGUUAAUAUUUCUCCAUGCUCUCUGGGAACUAGUGAAGGAAAUGAUCAAGCAGAAUCUCCAGGGGCUGAAUUGCAGGUUUCUAAUGCCACAAGAUCCUCAGACAGCUCCCCUGUUGAUUCUACAAACAAGGAGAUAAGUCCAACACCACAUCAAGUUUUUCCCAUGUUUUUUAAUGUCAUUAAUGCAAGUGCAGUUUUAGCAGUUGCCAAUUCAGCAGGGUCAUCACCUGUCUCGAACUGCCUGGAGAAUCUGUCUGUUAUGGGAGAAUCUUCUGGUUGUGUUGCAGUGGGAAAACCCUCCACUGAAACUUGUUCUCGACUUGGUCAGGAAGGAGAUGCAGCUGAUCACCAUGACACGCCAAUGUCAAAAGAUGUCCCUGAUAUUGAGAAAGAGAUUGAUGCUGAUAUGAAAGAAGAUAAGCUGUGCAAAUCUAAUCAGGGAGAAACUUCCAGUAAUUCUUCAUCUUUUGCUUUUUCUGCUUCUAUGACACCAUUGGUGGCUGCUGCUGAACUUCCUAUCUCAUGCAAGUUGGAUUCUGACAAUGGCACCUCUUCUGCUGCAAAGGCAACGGAACGUCAGCCAAAGGCUGGGGAUUUUGACUACAGGAGGGAAAAGUGUCUCAUAACAGCCGAGUCCAAUUCAGCUGCAAUUUUCACCAGUGGUUUUCAAGAUUACUCUUGCACUGCUACCAUUCUUGACAACAUAGAUGAUGGUCAACUAUCCCUUCAAAGGGAGGAAGCCACUAGCAGUGCCAUUAAAGAUAUAGAUCGUGCCAUCAAUUUUAGGAACCGGAAAGGUCCUCUUUCGACAUCCACUGAUUUUUUUAAAGUUGUUGGGACAGAGGCUGGUGAAGACAUCAGUCGGAAGUCAGAAAUUGGACUUGGAUGUUUGGAUGAUGCAUUAGAGGUUGCAAGGCAAGUUGCUUUAGCAGUGGAACAAGAGGUGGUCGAUUAUAGAGAGCACUUUUGCAGCUCUCCUGAGGUUAAUUCUGGGGAAAUGACUGGUUUUCAUAGCCCUGGUUCUGAAGAAGAGCAGAUUGAAGCAGUGACUGAGGAAGUUGGUGGGGAUAGUUCAUCAACUGGAAAAGAUCAUUCUGGUACCUCAUCUCCUGACAAGGAGUCGGAGAUCACGCAGCACAUGAGUUCUGAUCCGGGGAACUCUGAUAAAGAUAAAGAAUCACCCAUUCCUGCUCAAGAAUCAGUUGAUAAGUCUCUUACGGAUGGAUGCACCUUUGACCUGAAUGCAGAUACAUGUGGUGAUGAACCUGAGAUGAAGCCUAUUAUGAAAAUAUCUGUUGCUGUGUCUUCUCCUAUAGCUGUUUUUGCUUCUUCGAAAGGAGCUCCCGGAUUGCCUGUUAUGCCUCUUCAUUUUGAAGGUGAAAUGGGAUGGAAGGGUUCCGCUGCUACCAGUGCUUUUCGACCAGCAUCUCCUCGAAGAACUCCAGAUGGUAAAAGGACUUCUUCUGGUGAAAAGCAGAAAUCAGAAUUCCUUGGAAUUGAUCUGAACGUGGCUGAAAGGGAGGAUGAUGUGGAUGAUGAAUUCACAUGUGUGAGAGAGUUACCUAUUUCCUCUAGUCUUCCAUCUCGAGAUUCAUGUGCGGAAGUCAGAUCAAGACCAGAGAAGCUAAAUUUGGAUCUAAAUUGCCUUGGGGAUGCGGAUACAUCUACAUGUCCAUUCUCCUCCCAGAAGCUGCACUUACUGAAUGGAGAGCACAGCUUAUCUUCUGCUUCUUCAUCAUCUUAUAGGCAUCUUUCCCUUGGAGACUUUGACCUGAAUGACAACCCAUCUUUCCCUGACAUUGGCAUUACUCACAACCUUGAUAAAGCAUCAUCUAUUAAAGCCUUGGAAUCUUAUGGAGGGCCAGCACCUUAUGAUCCUGUCAUUAAACUCAUGGGAUCGGUGAUUGCUGUUGAAAGAAAGCAUAAUCCCAAUCAAGCACAGCAGCACUCUUUUCUGCCAAACGGACUGAACAUCAGGCCUACUAUUGUUUCUCCACCACUGUUUGUGAACAUGCUGAACCCCAGUUGUGGCUAUGCUGGACUUGCCACUGGGCCUACCAUAUCCGCUCCUGCAGCAUAUUAUUCACCUGGGAGCAUUUCUUACAUGGUAGACUCUAGAGGGGCUGCAGCCAUACCACAUGUUACUGGUGCUGGAGGACUUGGGGUGCCAUCUGCCAGGCCACCCUUUGUUUUAGGUGCAACCAAUAUGCCCUCGGAUAUGGCUGGUUUUGGGAUGUCACCGCUUCAUGUCGACUUGAACAGUGGUGCACCAUCGACUGAGGGUGGCAGUUUUCAACAAUUCUUUCUGCAAGGCUACAGAAGUCGGAUGGAAGAUCAAACAAAGACUAGUGCACAGCCUUCUAGUUCAUCUGUUGGAUUGAAGCGGAAAGAGCCGGAUGCCGGGUGGGAGCCUUCUUUAUAUGGUUACAAGCAGAUGGCACCACGAUGAUAGGUGCUUCUGAAACCAGGUUAUUUAGAUAGUGUGCCUACCUUGUUGGCUGUGGAAGAUGGCCAGCCAGGCUUUGACCAUCCGGUGAUGAUAGGUGGAGAAACUAAUAAGGAUAUAGAAUAGUACUGAUGGAAAUUUGUUGCCCUGGUUUGAUUGUUAUCUAUUAGUUUGUUGCACCUGGUUGAAGUUCGGUGCAUGUAUAUCUCGCAGAUAUUCUAACAUAGUGGAUGAGUCGUAGGCUUUUUAUCUUUAAUUUACUCUGAUCGUGUUUUCUA